CGUUGCCUUUGAUUUCUUUAAUCCGUGGUGCUAUCAUGAGAUGAUCAGAUCAUCACCGAAGGCGACAACUCGUAUAUAUAUAUAUAUGUGUGUGUGUGUGUGUGUGUGUGAGAGGAUUGUGAUUAGGUUGUCUGUCUCAAGAAUUGGCGACAAUACAAUAAUGGGAUUUGCAGUAGCAGAGCAAGGAUGGAGGAAAGGGCCGUGGACGCCUGAAGAGGAUAAGCUGCUUGUGGAGUAUGUCAGCAGCUAUGGAGAAGGGAGAUGGAGCUGUGUCUCUAAGUGUGCAGGAUUGAACAGGAGUGGGAAGAGCUGCAGGCUGAGAUGGGUUAAUUACUUGAGGCCUGGGCUUAAGAAGGGCCAUAUUACUCCACAAGAGGAAGGGAUCAUCAUUGAACUCCAUGCCCUUUGGGGAAACAAGUGGUCAACUAUAGCAAGGUAUUUGCCUGGGAGAACGGACAACGAGAUAAAGAACUACUGGCGAACGCAUUUCAAGAAGAGGAAGUCGUCGUCGUCGUUGUCGUUGCGUGAUGAGAUGAAUGGGCAAUGCAAAAAGGAAGCAAGAAUUGAUGUUAAGAUUGGUGAUGAAGAAGCAAGCGAGAGGAGAGAAGGGAAGAAAGAGAGGGAUGGAUUAAUGUUGGGAACGGCUCAUGAUAAUAAUAAUAAUAGGUGGAGUUGGUCUGAUUUUGACAACUGCUUGAAUAUUGGUGGAUUGUGGGAGAUGGAUGAGCAGAGUGGAUGCAGUAAGACGGCCAUUCAUAAUCAGGCUGGCGGAGGUGAUGCUAUGGAUUAUAUUAGUGGAGGAGGAUACAUAUUUUGAGCUGAUAUUGUAAUUUUGCUAUUUCUUGUUUAGUGGACUAGUUUGGUUGUGGGAUUGAUACUCAAUAACAGGAUUCCAAAACUAUGUACUGUUAUAUUAAUCAGAUCGAGAUUAUUCACUCUCAUUACUCAA